AUGGGGAAAGUGUUCGCGAGGGUACGGGCCAAACUCAACCCAAAAGAUUUCGACAUUGAGCCCAAGAAAGCCAUCACCGGGGCUCUCAUAAUAGAGAUCCCCGGUGAGGGCAGUAAAGAAAGGGCCGACAGGCUCUUUGCGGCCAUGGUGGCCGCAGAGAGGGACUCCGGGGUAACGUUCGCAAGGCCCGUUAACACGUGCGAGAUGCGCGUUAAGGGCCUCGACGACUCGGUAACCCCGGAGGAAGUGAGGAAGGUCGUGAUAACCGUUGGGAGUUGUCGGUCAACCGUAGUCCAGGUUGGCCGAGCUCGCGCUUCCCCCAACCGGCUAUUCACGGUCUGGGUCCGGUGUCCCGUCGCGGCAGCGCGCAAAAUUGCGGACACCGGAUCUAUUAAAGUAUGGUGGGUGCAGGCCACAGUUGAGGUAAUGGGGCGCCAGCCCCUGCAAUGCCACAGAUGCCUCUGGCGUGAGCACGUCGUUGCGACGUGCACCUACACCGCGCCGGAGGAGGACAGGCGGGACCGGUGCUUCCGGUGUGGCGGUCGGGGCCAUCACUCGGCGGACUGCUCAGCACCAGCUAAGUGUCCGCUGUGCUCCGACCUUUGUCGGCCUGCAGCCCACCAACUGGGUAGAAAGGCUUGUGCUCCAAUUCCCCGUAAGGGGAAACGCGGGGCAAAGAAAGCCACGGAGGGAAAAAACUCUGGUCCUUCCCCCACACAAGAGGCAGCCCCUGCUGCCGCACCGGCAGCAGCGGAAGUGGCGGGAAAGGUGAGCCAGUCUCCCCUCUCUCCCAGUAGCGGAGUCCCGGAGGAGGCGAUGGAGGUGGAGGUGCUACCCACGCCAUAA